AUGGACACCCAAGUUGGUGAGGAGGUGUUUCGGGUUGGCCAAGGGGACCAAGAGGAGGUCUGGGACGACUCCGAGCUGGUGAACGCUUACCAAGCGGCCAUUAACACCUUUGAAGUGCAGCAGGAAAAGCGACAAGGCAGGAGGCGGAAGGAGCACAGACCAGCGGCAAAAGAAUGGAAGGUCGGCGAUGAGUGCAGGGCAGUGUGGACGGAGGAUGAGGAGAUCUACGACGCCGAGAUCACCAGCAUCUCCGCUGACGGCACCACAUGCACUGUGCUGUACACGGAAUACGGCAACAGCGAGGAGCAGCCGCUCACGGCACUGCUCCCUCCGUUUCAGCGCGGGCCCGUGUUCUCUGUUCCAAAGCACCUCGAGAUCAGAGACGACGACGACGACGACGACGACGACGACGAUGCUGCUGCUCCUGGUGCUGAUGGCGGUGAUGGUGCUGAUGUUGCUGAUGGCGACGCUGCUGAUGGCGGUGAUGGUGCGGGCAAUGCUGUGGCCGGCACCAGCUCUGACGAUGGCGUUUUUCAACAAUCAACACAUCAGCGUGCGAACGACGUGGAGGCUGAAGGAGGUGUGCCAAUGAAGAAGGCAAAACUAUCAUCAGCUGAAGCGGUUGAAGGGGACGAGGCGCAGACAGCAACAGCGAACGCGGCAGCGCCAUCCCCAUGGACAAGUGGAGUGACGGCGCCCACAGCCCUUGCUGGCGGUGGUCCUGACGGUGAUGCACAGGAAGCGGCGUUGGCCAACAUGCUCAUGGCAUGGUACCAAUCAGGCUUCUACACAGGUUAUUAUCAAGCCCUCCAACAACUACAACAACAACAACAGCAGGAGUAGUAGUGGUGGUGAUGUGUGCUGCUCAUAAUGCAGUGCCCUUGUUUAUGCGGAUUGUCUCUGCUGUUUUGAAUAAUCGAAUCCCAUAUCCUUCAACAAAUGUGUGGUGUACAAAUAAACAGUCCCAAGACUGCAAGAGAACA